GUGCAAUUGGAAGGCGCUUCCUCGUCCCCCCCUAUGUGGAAAAUCGGCGCCCCGGCCUCUCGAGCUGGAUGCCGUCGGCGUACCAGACUCCAGCGACCUCCCAGAAGCCGUCGUGGAGUUCUGCCUCAUGUGGCUAGCAUUACUGAAGUCCCCCUUACGCUGGAUUGGAGGAAUGUCAGUGGUGUUACCAGCUACAAGAGUUGGGAUAAAAACCAA